AUGUGGAAUAUCAUUUUAUUUGCGACAAUAGCAAUCGUGAAUGGAUAUUUAUCCUUUAAAGAAGGCCCCUAUGAUUACACAAAUGUCUUUCCCAGCUUUGGAGAGUUGCCAAGUGGCACAAAAUGCACUAAAGUAGAUGCUAAGAAAUUAAAUACACUUUUUGAUCAAAAUCAAAUAAUAUUUUCUGGUUAUUUAAGUGUCAUUGAAAAUAGCAAGUCUAGUUUGGGAUUCAUUUUUUAUGGCUCUGAAAAAGCAACUUAACUAUCGGAUCUCUCUAAAUAUCCAACAUUAAUCUGGCUAAAUGGAGGUCCUGGAUCAUCAUCUUAAUUAGGUAAUUUCAUGGAGUUAGGACCAUUGAUUAUGUAAGAAGAUGGUACAUUUACUAAAAAUAAUUAUGCUUGGAGUAAAGAAUACAACGUGAUAUUUGUGGAUUAACCUAUUGGAGCAGGUUUAGCAUAUCCUGAAAAACAAUCUGAUGUUCCUACUAAUUAACCAUAGAUUGGUUAGUAAUUUUUAUAUGCCUUAUUGCAAUUUUUAUACAAUGCCGAAGGAUGUGUUAAAAAAAAUGGAAUUCUCGGUUUGUAAAAAUCUCCUUGGUUUAUUUUUGGGGAAAGUUAUGCUGGAAAGUACGUUCCUACUAUAGCAAAGGCAAUAUUAGAUUACAACGCAAAGACUCAGGAACAAAUUCCCUUAAAAGGAAUCGGAAUUGGAGAUCCUUUUACAGAUCCAUAUGCAGUUAUUGCUGAAUAUGCUUCAUAUUCCUUCAACUUAGGUUUGAUUGAUGUUUAGGAGAGAGCUGAAAUUGAUUCUGUUCUAGUUUACGGAUUGAAUGAACUAAACAAAGGAAACUCAUUAAAUGCAAGAUAAGCCUUUGAGAAAUCCCUUGAUCUUAUUGGUUAAUAUGAUGGAGGAAUGAACGUUUACAAUGUAUUAUAAUACGGUAGCUACAAUAAUGCUAAAACCAAGAUCUAGGAAUAUUUGAGGGACCCUUUUAUCCUAAACUAACUAGGAUUAAGUGCUGAUUGGGUUUAUAAGAUAAGUAAUGGAGCAGAUGGUCCAGUGCAGAAGGCUUUGGCUUAUGAUUUCAUGUUGAGAGAUGUUGUCAAAACAGUGGAAGAAAUAUUGCCUAAAAUCCCAUUGUUUGUGUUUAGUGGAUAAAAUGAUUUAAUUUGUUCAACUCCAGGUACUUUAAGAUGGCUCUACGAUUUGAAAUAUAGCAAGAUUGAUGAAUACAGAGGAAAGGAUUUGGAGGUUGUUAAGCUUUUGGAUACUGAAAAAAUUGUAGGCUAUUACAAGUAAGCUGGCAAUCUUGAGUUGCAAUUAGUAAAUAAUGCUGGUCAUAUGAUACCUACAGAUCAACCUCAGGCUGCUUUGGAGAUGAUAGUGAAAUUUGUCAACAAGCACAAGAAUUGAUAUAAUUAAUUCAUCAAAAUUAAAUCAAUUCACAAUAAUAAAUAGAAUUAAA